AUGGCCGGCCGCCUGACCUGCUGCCUCCUGCUGUGGGCCCUGGGCCAUGGGGGCUGCCGCUCGCCUGCGGGGGAGGGCGCCGGCAGCGAGCCCGCCUGCCCCGUCCAGCCGUCGGCCGCCCGGGACUCGUCCUCCCCCGGCCGCGGGGGCUCUUCGCCGCCCCCUGCGCUGGGCAGCAUCGCUCAGGACAUGGUAGCUGUCCACAUGCUUAAGCUCUACGAGAAGUACAACCGGGAAGGGAGCCGGCCCGGCGACGGCAACACGGUCCGCAGCUUCAAAGGCAGGCCAGAAUUCUUGGCCCAGAAGCCCUUGUACUGCUUCAAUCUGACAUCCAUGCAGGAUUCAGAGAUGAUCCUUACUGCCACUUUUCACUUCUAUGCUGACAAACGCCCUCGGCACCGGGAAGUGUUUUGUAAGCGGUCCAAAAACUCAUCCUGCCGUCUCCUUCACCUGCCUCCAAUCCUGCGGCUCAACCUCAUUUUCCAAAGCAUUCACCAGAAUUCUGCCUAUGGACUAGUGAAAGGGAACAUCACCGUGUUUCUUCAAAGGCGAGGGGCUUGGCAUGCAAAGGACAUUUCACACAUCAUAAAAGAAUCAAAACAGGCUGGAGAGCUCAUUCUCUGUGCUGAGCUUGAUUCUGGGGAGAAACAUCAGGGCUUCCCUGAACAGGUUGCCAGUCAUUUACCUUAUAUACUAGUUUAUGCCAAUGACCUUGCAAUCUCUGAACCUAACAGUGUGGCAGUCAGCCUACAGCGUUAUGACCCAUUCCCUUCCAAUGAUGGGGACCCAAAUCUAUCCCCUAAUGCUUCUACUGAUACCCGAGUGAGGAGGGAUACGUACCUCUCUAGCUCUAUUCAGAACAAUGAGUUGCCAGAAGUAGAUUAUAACAACAAUAAAUACAACAAACAUGACAUAUGGGAGAAUGCCUACAAGUCCUUGAAACCAAAAGCCUCACGCAAAGAUCGAAGGAGAAAAGGGCAAGAAAAUACAGAAACACUUACAAAGUCUCAGGUGCUAAAUUUUGAUGAGAAAACAAUGAAGAAAGCAAGGCGAAAACAAUGGAAUGAGCCAAGGAUUUGUUCAAGAAGAUACAUGAAAGUUGACUUUGCUGAUAUUGGCUGGAAUGAAUGGAUCAUAUCUCCCAAAUCAUUUGAUGCCUACUACUGUGCAGGGGCAUGUGAAUUUCCAAUGCCCAAGAUUGUCCGGCCAUCAAAUCAUGCUACAAUCCAGAGCAUCGUAAAAGCAGUGGGAAUCAUUCCCGGAAUCCCAGAACCCUGCUGCGUUCCUGACAAAAUGAGCUCACUGAGUGUCCUGUUCUUAGAUGAGAACAAAAAUGUUGUUUUAAAGGUAUAUCCCAAUAUGUCGGUUGAAACUUGCGCCUGCCGGUAA